AUGUCGAAACGGCCGAAUAUUGUCAUCGCGGGCCUCGCUUGCGAGACCUCUACUUUUUCCCCAGCUCGUACCCUGGCUGCAGCAUUUCAUCCACGGCGCGGGAAUGAGGUGAUUGAAAAAUACUCCUUCAUUCAUCCCGGAACUAGGCUUGGGGAAUCUGCAACAUGGCAUGGGGCUCUUAUAGGUCAUGCACUUCCGGGAGGCAUUGUAUCGCGUGAAUCAUUCGAGGAACUAGCAAAUGAAAUAAUCGAUCGCUUGAAAGAGUUCAAGAGCUCAAUUGUCAUCGAUGGCCUUUGGUUCGAUAUCCAUGGCGCAAUGUGCGUUGAAGGGCUUGAUGAUGUAGAGUCAGAUCUUCUCUACCGGAUUAGGAAGGUGAUCGGUCCUGAAGUUAUUGUAUCGGCAUCAAUGGAUUUGCAUGGAAAUGUCUCUCAAGAACUGGCGCAUCAAACCGAUCUGAUAACUUGUUACCGAAUGGCACCGCAUGAGGACGCGAUGGAGACUAAAGAGCGAGCUUGUCAGGACCUUGUUGAUGUCUUAACGUCCUCCAAUGGGUCCCCUACUAGGCCUUUGAAGGCAAGAGUUGCAAUUCCGAUUCUGUUACCGGGAGAACAGACAUCCACUCGUAUGGAACCCGCGAAAGGACUCUACGGCCUGAUUCCAGGUGUUAUAAAGACAACGGGAGUUUUGGAUGCAAGUAUUUGGGUUGGCUAUGCCUGGGCUGAUGAGCCUCGAAACCACGCUGUCGUGGUUGUCACGGGGUGGGCUAAGGAGCCAGUUAUACAGGGUGCCCAUAAACUGGCAAAGCAUUUUUGGGACCAACGCGAUGCAUUUGAAUUUGUCGCACCCACUGGAUCUCUGUCCGAAUGCAUUGAUUCCGCUCUGAAGUCAACCAGCAGACCAUAUUUUAUCUCAGAUUCAGGUGACAACCCCACCGCUGGAGGGGCUGGAGAUGUUACUUGGAGUCUGCAUCGCGUUCUAUCUCGUCCUGAAUUUCAGAACUCGGCUGGCCCAAAAGUUAUUUACGCGAGCAUUCCAGGCCCGGAAGCAAUUGAUAUCAUUUUGCAAACAGGUAUAAAUGCCAUUGUUACCGUGACAGUGGGUGCUCAAGUUGACAACCUCCAUCAUGGGCCAAUUCAAAUGACUGGACGUAUUCACUCUAUCAGACAUGGUGAUAGGGAUGCUGUUGUUGAGGCUGUGCUUCAAGUUGGAAGUGUCUUUGUUAUUAUUACAAAGUUGCGCAAGCCUUAUCACCAUGAGUUUGAUUUUACGCAGCUGAAUCUUGAUCCUCGUGGGGCAGAUGUUGUGAUUGUGAAAAUAGGAUAUCUAGAGCCGGAGCUGUUUGAUAUGGCUGUUGACUGGAUGCUUGCACUGACUCCGGGGGGUGUUGAUCAAGACUUACCGCGUCUUGGACAUCGUCGAAUUCAUCGUCCGAUGUGGCCAUAUGAUCGAGAAUUCGCCGAGCCGCCGGAUUUGACACCUGCUCUUGUCCCAUUUUCCAAUCAGGAUUUAUGA